AUGGAGUCCGUGGUCCUGUAUGCCACUCCCAUAUGGGAUAGGGCUCUUACAUACAGACUAAACGUGUACAUCAUAAGAAGUACGCAACGAAUAGCACUGUGCAGGUUAGCGAGAGCGUAUCACACGGUUUCAGCAGAUGCAGUUAGAGUUAUCACAGGCAACCCCCCCAUGGCGAUGGUUGCAUUGGAAAGGGGUGGGCUUUUCCGUACGAUAGAGUCGUGUUCUAGUGCAACAGAUGGCGAAGGGCAAAACUCUGCCCGGGAAAAAACGAAGAUAAGAAAUGAGGAACGGGAGGUCACCAUGCGGAAAUGGCAGGAGGAGUGGGUUAUUUCCACCAAAGGAAGGUGGACUUAUAGACUGAUCCCUAAGAUCGAUGAGUGGCAGGAAUGGGGACCGAAGAUCUUAAAUUACCAUCUAACACAAGUGCUUACUGGGCACGGGUGUUUUGGUACUUAUCUUAAGGAGAUAGGUAAAGCGGACACCGAUGUUUGUUGGUUCUGCCAGGAUGCUACUGACGAUCCAGAACACUUUUUACUGAACUGCACUAGGUGGGAACGCCAAAGAAAGAAAAUGACCGAUGUAGUGGGUACUUUCGUGAUGGAGGACCUUGUUAAGAUACUGAAAGAGCCUGAAAAGAGGCCGCAUGUUAUGGAAUUCCUUGUAGCCGCCCUCCUGGAUAAGGAGAAGUGGGAAAGGGAGAAAAUCAAGAAUAAG